AUGGAGCCUACACAUUAUGAUUUUAUAAUUCUAGGAUCUGGAUUUGUAGAAAGCACUUUAGCUAGUAUCUUAGCAAAUGAAAAUAAAAAGGUAAUAGUUUUAGAUAGGAAUGAUGUCUACGGUGCGGAUUUGGCUACUCUUCAAUAUUCUCAAUUAGAAGAUUAUUUUGGUACAAACGUUAAACAUCCCGACUUAAUGACGCUUAAUAAAGAUUUUUGUAUUGAUAUAACACCUAAGCUUCUACUUGCAGAUUCAGAUGUCGUUAAAUUAUUAAUAAAAUAUAAAAUUGAUGAUACCUUAGAAUUUGUAAAUAUUCCUGGCUCAUUUAUUUACAAAAAUAAACUUCACCAUGUUCCGUGCAGUGAGGCACAGUCUUUAAAAACUGGGCUUGUUGGAUUUUGGGAGAAAUAUCAUGUUAUGAAAUUUUUUUGGGAUGUCAAAGCUUAUGGUGGGAAUCCAAAUUCUUAUGUGUUUAAAAAAACGAUGAGGGAAGAAUUUGCUAAAUAUGGAUUAAGUAAAGAUGUAAUUGAAUUUAUUGGACAUGGUAUAGCUUUAAAUCUCGAUGAUUCAUAUUUAGACAAGCAUCCUAAAGAAACAUUUGAUAAAAUAUGUCAAUAUGUUAAAUCGUUAAUGUCGUUUGAAAGCACUCUAAAAUCACCUUAUAUUUAUCCCAAAUAUGGUAUAUCGGGAAUAAUUCAAGGAUUUAUUCGUAAUGCUUGUAUACAUAAAGCUGAAGUGAUGCUUAGAGCUGAUAUAAUAGAUAUUAAUACAGAGUCUAAUACUAUUAAAGUUAUAGAGCCUGUAGAUAAAAAAGAGUUGUGUAUAACUGCUGAUAAAAUUAUAGCAGAUCAAAGUUAUAUACAAAUGCACAACGCAUCAUACGAGGUUAUACGAGGAAUAUGUAUUUUAAAAGGCGAAUCUGAAAUUACAAAAAAAGCAUCUUCAUCGCAAAUAUUAUUUUUGAAGUCUGAAUACAAACGAAAAAACGAUAUUUUUGUUGUUAUUUUAGGGAAAGAUGAAGAAGCUACGCCAGAUGGGUAUAAAGUGGCAAUAAUUAGCACAGUAAAAGAGACUAGUGACCCCGAAAAAGAAAUUCUGCCUGUAGUAUCUAAACUUGGCAAUAUUGUCAGAUCAUUUGUUGAAGUUAGAAAUGUUUAUAAAACUGAUGACUAUAAGAAUAUUUUGUUUACAAAAGGCGUCGAUGAAUCUACGCAUUUUGAAUCACUUUUUUCUGAGCUGUGUGAUAUAUGUAAAAAGUUAGAUAUAAAGUUAGAUCUUAAUUAA